ACCACACUUCGUAAUCCUUGCCAACGCCCUCGAAGCUCCCUACCCCGCAUCCUCCUCUCACCUAGGCCAGCGUUGAGCGUCAGACUUCUCUGACUGCGCUAUUUGGCCUCGUACCCUCGUCUCCUCACUCUUGGCGCUGCCAUGGGCCUCCUCUCGCUGGGCACGCCUCUUGACUGGCCAGAGACACAGGCGCUAGCCUCGCACGUCCGCAAGCAUGGAAUCGAGCAGCUCCUCUCUCUCUGGUACAAGGUCAGAGACCGUAGAGGGGAUAGAGUACUCUGGGGAGACGAGCUUGAGUACAUCGUCGUCUGUUUCGACGAGGAGACCAAGAAUGCCACUUUGAGUCUCCGUCAGGGCGAGAUCCUCAAAGUUUUGGCAGAAAGCCACGCCGAUAGCUGCGAGAAGAUCCAGGAUGGCCUUGAGGAUCAAAUCCCUACCUUCCACCCAGAGUACGGGCGCUAUAUGCUCGAGAGCACACCAGGGGCACCAUAUGGUGCUAGCCCAAAGGAGCUCUCCGCGGUGGAGCGCAACAUGCGUAUGCGCAGGCGAAUCGCACGUCGUCACCUCAAGCCAAACGAGGUGCCUCUCACCCUCACCAGCUUCCCACGCUUAGGUGUGACGGACGGCGUCUUCCUCGAUGACCCCACUCUCGUACCCAAUGGCAAGGCCAGCCAGUCCCUCUUCCUCCCUGACGACAUCAUCAACCAACACGCGCGCUUCCCCACACUAACGGCCAACAUUCGCAAGCGCAAAGGGAGCAAGGUAGCCAUCAAUCUGCCCAUCUUUGUCGACGAGAAGACACCGCAGCCUUUCAUUGAUCCAACGAUCCCGUGGGACCGGAACCUCUUUCCCGGCGACUCAGAGGCAAAAGAAGGGGCAGCCAAGCCAGACCACAUCUACAUGGACUCGAUGGGCUUCGGCAUGGGGUGCUGCUGUUUGCAGGUCACAUUCCAAGCCUGCUCAAUCCACGAAGCUCGCGCGAUUUACGACCAGCUUGUGCCCGUCACACCCAUCAUUCUCGCUCUCACCGCUGCAUCACCUGCGUAUCGGGGCUACCUCGCCGAUGUAGAUGCGAGAUGGAGCGUCAUCUCUGGUGCGGUGGAUGAUCGUACGCCAGAGGAGAGGGGUUUGAAGCCGCUCGAGGGGAACAAGAAUGGCACCAGGAUGAGGAUGAACAAGAGCAGAUACGACUCGGUCGACUCGUACCUCUCGCUUGAGUCGGCCAACAGGCCGGAAUAUAGUGACAACCCGUUCCCGGUGGACGAGGGCGUUCGAGCCCGCCUCGAAGAAGCCGGAAUGGAUCCCGUCCUCUCCUCUCACUUCGCCCACCUCUUCAUCCGCGACCCCCUCGUCAUCUUCUCCGAAAUGGUCGAUCAGGACGAUUCGUCUUCCAUGGACCACUUCGAGAACAUUCAGUCGACCAAUUGGCAGACCAUGCGCUUUAAGCCACCACCGCUGGGCGACAAGAUCGGCUGGCGUGUCGAGGUCCGCAGCAUGGAGGUUCAGGUGACCGACUUUGAGAAUGCGGCAUUCAGCGUCUUUGUGGUGCUACUCACGAGGGCCAUUCUGAGUUUCAGGCUCAACUUCUACAUGCCGAUCUCCAAGGUAGAUGUCAAUAUGUUGAGGGCACAGAAGAGGGAUGCGGUUGGGCAGGAGAAGUUCUACUUUAGAAAGGAUGUCUACAGGACACGUGAGAGGCAUUCAGCGGCAAGGAGUGCAGCGCAUUCACGGGAGCCGUCGGUGAAUGGUAAUGGUCCCACAAGUGGCGGGUCGGCUGCGGCUGCUGGAGGAUCAAACGGCCCUGCCCGCUUCUUUGAGGGACGAUACCCCACGCCCUCAGGCUCACGAGCCGCCUCACCAGCACCGUGGCUGCCGCCCGUGGAGGAGGAGUACGACGAGUUUACCAUCAACGAGCUCAUCAAUGGCAAGUCAGCGCCAGCCGACGAUGCAAAUGAGGAUGGAGCAUCUUCUUCAUCCUCGUCUUCGAGCUCUAGCAGCUUCCCUGGCCUGGUACCGCUAGUUUCCUCCUACCUCGACGCCUUGGACAUCGACGUCUCUACACGCGCAGAGAUGGACGCAUACCUCUCCCUCGUCUCGGCCCGCGCCAAUGGGACACUCGUGACUGCCGCUACCUGGAUACGGCGAUACAUUCGCUCCCAUCCUGCGUACAAGGGGGACUCGGUGGUCAAUCAGGAGAUCAACUACGAUCUCUGCAAGACGUUGGAUCGCGUUGAGAGGGGAGAAGAGGAGGCGCCGGGUUUCUUGCCUGAGGGAUACGCUGAGAGGAGGAGGAAGCAGGAAGUCAAAGAGGCAGGAGGAGCUGCGGCCGCCAAGGCGGCAGCAGCGGCAGCAGCAGCUGCUGAGGCAAAGAAGGAUCUGGCGACUGCGAAUGGCGAUGGCGAUGGUGAGGAGGGGAAGCCACUUUCGCCAUUGACGGCUGCUGCUGCUGCUACGAGCAACGCGGCGGGAGUGGGAGCAGGUGUGGGCGUCAAGGAUGAUGGGCGCGACUUGAUGUUACAGGCGGCUCAUGCUGAUGCGCAGGCGAAGAAGCAGGCAGACGGACCGUAGCCAUACGGGCACCUCGCAUUAUCUUGCUGCAUCGCUUCCGUACGCGCCGUCCUGCUUGCAUCGCCGUAUCGCCUCACUCGUAUCCCACACGCUGUCAUAUACAUCUAGACGCUGGACGUGGCAUGGUAUUAUUCAUCAGAGAUAUUAGCAAGAACGAGUCGU